AUGGAAGAUACGAGGAACGAAACAUUUGUAGAUGAAGAUUUUGUGACCUAUUUGAAAAAAAUGAGUUGCCUGGCCGUCAUGCGUGUCGAAUAUGACGAACGCUGUGCUUUGGCACGCGGAGUGGAGGAUUGCAAAAAUAUAAUCAAUUUGUUCAACUACUUCGAGAUGAUGUAUUGCAAGUUCCACAUUCCAAACAAGACGGUGGAGAUUGGCAUUAUGUGCAUAUUUUUGCUUGGCGUGUUUUUGUUCCUGAUAUUGAUGGGUCACAUGGUGGAAACGCAUUUCGGGCCCGUUCUUAAGAUUUUGUGUCUAAAAUUACACAUGAAUGAAUACCUGGCUGGAGCUACAAUAUUAGCCUUCGGGAAUUCGUUGCCGGACGUAUUUGCAAAUCUGAUGCCCAUAAGAGCCGAUGCGGCAGUUUUUACAAUUACUAUAGGCAAUGCCGUUUCCAUUAUUCUAAUAAGUGGAGGCACGGUGUGCUUCCUUAAGCCAUUCAAAAUGAACGGACAUAGCACUGUGCGGGAUCUUUUGUUCCUCUUUCUCGCCUGCGAAGUCUUAAGAUUUGUGGUUUUUCGUGGCGGAAAAGUGACCGUAUACGAAUGUGCUGUUCUGGUGGCAAUAUACAUUAUAUAUAUAGUUGUUAAUAUAGUUGAUCUGAUUCUUGCUCGAUUAACUAUAAGGAUGCUAAGGAGAGAAAUCGCAAUUUUGAAGCAAUAUCCCAAAACAGUCGCGAAUAAAGAAAGCCUUAGACGUAAGCAAACAGCAUUAAGUGAACUCCUUAAAGACGAGAUGAUCGAAAUCAAUGAUACCGAGGCCAAUAUUUUUGGAUCCAAGACCAGACGGUCAUCGUGGGGCAAUGAUCAACGUUCUUCGGCCAAUAAUGGAGACAAGCCUAACUACAGUAUUGGCACUCCCAAACCGAACUCUCGUCCUUCAACAAUUGAUAUCAAUGCGAAACGCAAAAUCUUACACAGUGAUCUGAAUCCCAAAAACCUUUACUUAUUUCAAGAAUUCUUCGAGUCAUUGGUCCCCGUUGACGUAGAUGAAUGGCAUUCUAGCGGCUGUUGUGGCCGUACAUAUCUGAUUAUUCGAGCCCCUAUAGUGUUUGUUUGCACGAUAUUUGUGCCAGUGGUGGACUAUGAGCUUGACAAGCACGGCUGGAGUAAGCUACUUAACUGCACUCAGAUCAUAACCAAUCCCAUGUUAUUAAUAACUGUAAUGCAUUCGAUGGUUAAUUGGACAUACGACAACUGGUAUAUAAGGCUGAAUUUUGAUAUAUCUCAAUAUUCGCUAAUACUGACAGUACCAUUGGCAAUCAUCGUAUUCUUUCAGUCGCGCACAGAUCUACCACCUCGAUAUCACUUCUGUUUUCUCAUACUAAGCGGAUUGAGCUCAAUGAUUGUCAUUAUGGUUUGUGCCACCGAAAUCGAAGUGCUCUCCAGCAUUGUGGGAAUUGUCUUUAAUCUGACAGCCAACUAUAUGGCGAUUACAUUUGGAUCGCUGGCCAAUGCCACCAGCGAUAUGAUAGCGAACAUGGCAUUGGCAUUGCAAGGCUACGAAAAAAUGGCUUUUGCUGCCAUUUUUGGCGCCCCAUUCUUCAGUAUGGUGAUCGGCAUGGGUGUGGCCUUUUACUUUAACGAAAAUGUACGAGAAGAGGGCUCUUCAUUUUGGCUAUAUGGUGAACAUGGCGAAAACUGUUACGUUUUCUUUGUACUUACUGUUCUCUGCACUUUGUGGUGGCUUCUUACUUUCAACUUUUUUGCCCGGCGAUCGGCUGGCAUUUUCUCUUAUUUUUUAUAUUCGUUAUUUUUGCUUUAUGCGACGCUCAUAGAACUGGACUGGGUGCAUGAGUUCGCAGACGAUCAGAUAUUUGAACCGGAAUAA